GGUCUAUUUCACGUUUUGUGGAGGACGUGAACACGAGACGACGACUUUCUUUUUCUUUUUCCCGAGUCUUUUAGAAUUCAACUCCAGAGAAAAUUGUCAACAUUUGACGAAUUGAACGAAAUGGAAUAUUAAAGCGGGUUAACGUUUGAAGCAGCGCGACUUCACUAUUUAAAUGACGUCCAGGGCUGUGCUCUUGCAGAGCCCAGUGGCCCGUGGCGCCUAACUUUUGCUCUCGAGGGACUAGGAAAUCUUUCUGUUUUCAUACAAAUCAUAUACUGGGCAACCUAAAUUUUACAGUUUCAGAGCACUGAGCCCCUUUCAAUUUUCCUUAGAGUACAGCCUUGCACGUUUUCGUAGCCGCUCCCGUUGUCGUUGCUCAAGCUCACUAAUAACAAAGCUAUGUAGAUCGUUCCUGUUAGUAUAAGGCUAGACGUCAUUUGUCGUGAAAAUAAGACUUUUUGUUGUCAUGUGAAAAGACAAGAACACACUGCUGUUGUCUGUAAAUUCAAUAUGGUGGCCCCUUCACGUUAAAUAAUUGUUUCAUGUUUUUCGAAAUUUGCUUGAGAUUGAAUACGUGUAGCUAAAACGGGUAGUGGACACAAAACUCAAACCCCAAACGCCGAAACUGAAACUUUGCGGUUAACGUGAAAACCUGGGUGCUAAAUGUCUCUAAUGACCAGAAAGGUACGUUAAGAAAUUGAAAACUAAACAUUCACAUCUACAUUGUAUUGCCGUUCUCAAAUCGGAAACGCUAAUCAAAUUCAAGAAGUAUUUAAUACUUAAAAAAUUACCGUGCUAGAAUACUCCAGAAAAUACGAGAAUACGCGAAAAAAAGAAACAACAACUAUAAAGCUUUUCUCGUCCUCGAAUCUAAAGGUCUCUACUUCUAUCUUGUAAACUCUUUUCAGAAUGUCAUGCUUGAAGAAGCCGAAGAGCGGGAGCGAGAGUUUGACUCUCAGAAGAAACAGUGGAAUUCAGGGAGCUUCAGCUAUGAGAAGAUUCAGCAGUAUAUCUUAGAUUUGGAAGAGGAACGUCAAAACGUGGGGCAGUUACAGGAAAAAUGUAACGGACUGGAACAGAAGUUAAACGAACUUGAAAGCGAGAACUCGUCUUUACAAAAGAAACUUUGCGAGAUGCAAACCCGGCAUAAGAGUGACAGCGACGAAAGAGAGGUUAGAGAAAUGUUUUUCUUGCUUUUAUUUGUUAGAGCGAUUUUCGUAUGACCUUAAAAUGAAAACGCGCGAACAAAACAGAAACAACAAACGAACGAAAAUAAAGUGAUUUGAUUGGUUUGUCGAACGGAUACAAACUCAUCUGGCUUUUGGUUGGUUAAGCGAACGCUCGGCUGAAAAAACUUCAUGCCCGAAGAACUUUCUAGAAAUUACUUUGACGUCAUACUACAACACGAUUGGUCAAUCGAAUAAUGCCUUCUCCAUAUUAGGGUUUUCUUUGGCGGGAAGACGAAGAGUCCAUGUUUUGUUCUUUUCAUCCAUUGGCUGAUAAAAAAAAAUAACAAACACUCACGGAAACCAUUUUUCAAGGUCAUACAAAAAUUGCUCUAUUAAAAAGGCUUUCUAGCAACGGCGAAAAUUAUUGUCUCAUGAUCAAGAGAUAGGCAAGAUUUUUUAGCAAAGACAAUGAUAUCACUUCUUCAUAAAGAACAAGAAUGCAAAGUGGAAAAGCCCAAGUACAACAAGUUGAAGGUCAUGCAGCUGAGAAUCAAAAACAAAUCCGAACUUCCAGUUGGUGAAUAAACCAUUCCGGAUCAGUCCAUACUGUUUGACAGUCGUGAUUGAUUAAUACAGUGUAUCAUUUAUUAUUGAAGAUUAAUAAGUGGGAGGGUAGGGGGGGGGACUUAAAAUAGAGAGGGCGCCUUGAUAAACGAUUUAUGGUAGAACCUACUAGAACCGUCCAGUUUCGUCUAAAUGCGUGUGGUUCCUGUCUUGAGAGAGAAGCAUAUAAUUAUUUCUGAAAAGCAAGAUCACAAACACCCGGCCUAAAUUCGCUGAUUUGUUGUUUUCUGAUUUUCCAUACAAAUGUCAGAACCUGUUUCAUUUUUAUUUUCCUAUAGGUCAUAGAAGAUGACUUACACAACAAAGUCGAUUCUCUGCGUUCAGAAUCUGAAAGACUAAAGGACAGUUUACAGAGCAAAGAAUCUCAAAUCACUAACAUGACUGAAGAAAAAGCUAAGUUGCUAGCAACCACAGAAGUUUUAGAAGAAAAGCUGAGAAAUUCGAGCCAAGCUGUGACGGAGCUGCUACAGAAAUGCGACCUAAUGAGCGAGCAGUUGGAUGCUUUGAAAGUAGAGAAAGGCGCUUUAGAGAAGGAAAAAGAUGUAUCGGUACUACAGAACACACAAGAGAAAAUGCAUCUGGAAAAUUCAGCUAAGAAAGUGCAGGAACUUCAAGAAAAGCUCGAUAAAGAGGAGAGUAACAAAAAAGAACUGUUGCAAGUUGCAGACGAGAUGGAAGGGCUUCUGAAAGAACAGAAGGCAGAUGCGGAGAAAAAGAGUAGGGAGCUUGCUGAAGUAGAGAAAAUGCUUAAGCUGGGCGAAGCGAGGGAAGAGAAGCUGACAUUUGCGUACGAAGAUCUUCGAGGAAAACUCGAAAAGCUGGAGGAAGAGUUCAAACAGAAAUGCAAAGAGCUUACGCAGGCAAAGGAAGAGCUGAAACAAGCGCAGGAAAGGAGUGAAGGAUUGAAAGAAGAAUAUGAAGCAGAGUUAGAUCAAGUUAAGUUCGAGCUGAGAGAUUCUAACAGUGACUGCGCGUUGUUGAAAGGAGAAAAUGAACAGUUAAAGCGCGGUUCUACUGGAGGGAAUGAUCAGUCUGCUUGGAAUAAAGAGAAGAAGAAGCUUCUGCAUCAGUUAGAGGAGUCGAAAAUCAGGUUUAAUCAGGCAAAGAGCAGUCAAGAAAGACUAGAAAAAGAACUUAAUCAGGCGAAGCUCAAAGUGAUCUCGUUAGAGAGCAAAGGGAAUUCCGCGGAAGCAGAGGAAAUAAAGUGCCUUCAAACGCGAUUGAGCGAGCUGAAUCAAGAGCUUCAAAAGUGGAAAGGAAUUGCUAACAACAAGGAGAAAGCGAAUAGCGGGAGAAAAGAACUUUCGGCAAAAGCCGACGAAAUAAAACGCCUACAAUCUCGGAUUAGUGAACUUAAUCAGGAACUUUUGAAGUGGAAAGCUGUUGCUAAUAACAAGAAAACCGAUGUUAGUUCUAAUAAAGACGCAGAGAUUAAACGCCUUCAAGAGAAAUUGAGUGAACUGCAAGAGGAGUUGGAAAAGAGCAGAGCUUUGGCUGAUGAAAAGAGAAAAGCGGCUGAUAAAACUCUGGCUACAAACUUGAAGCUUGUCAGUAAGAUUGAAAAACUUACUCGAGGGAAAGAAAGUCCGCAGAAUAACCCCACUGACGAAUCGUCGCCUAAAGAAUGUGCAAGGGAUGAAAGAGCUUCACCAAGCCCGCAGGCCCACUUAGACCUCGGUGAGCGUGAAACAGGCUGCACUUAAUCCUGGUGUGUUCUCGCCUCUCGCAAAAUCCAUGGCAAGUUUAGACAUCAAGUCGUUGAACACAGCUGCAACUGUUACGGCGGAAAACAGAUCUGAGGCUUCAUCAUCUAUAACCCAAGUGACUACGGCGGCUGCUGUUAGCGCGCAGCCAGUGGCUGUACGUACAAGUGAAAGGAGGCCGUCGCGGGGGGAGAGAGAUGCCGUAGCCUCUGCUGUGCCGCAGAUCGAGAAAGAGAAGGGUUCAAGUCACGGAAUAAUGGGCGUGGCUACUAGAAGAGGUAUUCCCAAACCAUUUGAAUCCAUGGACAGCAAGAAAAGACCAGGAGAACUGGGUAUGUUUGGUAGUGUUAGUUUCAAACGGCAGAAAUCACAGAUUAGGGUUAAAAACACAGACCACAUUUGCUGCCGGCAUCGCAUUCAAGAUAAGUGAUCGAUGAGUAACUUUUAACCAAAUACGCCUUCUAGUUUAACUGCAUAGCGUUCUUCCUUUGCCCUAGGCGUUUACUUCAUAUUUGGUUGAGGCGCGAAAAACUUAAUUGACCCAUACCUGAUUUUUUUUAUUGACUAUAAUACCCCCUUCGUUGUUUUACUGUUAAAUGCAGCCUUUACUUUGCUCUUAGAAACAAAAGACAGGGGAUAGUUUUGGGUAAGAGUCAGGGCGCUUGUUUUUAGAAGAAUUCCAUCAAUUUCAAUCUUUGGACUUAAACGCUUUUCUUUGUCAACAGUCGCCGAAGGCAGUCAAGCCAAACGCUGUCGACUGUACAGCGUUACUUCGGCUCCUUCAGAGCAACAAGUCCCCGAGGGGAUCCCUGAAGUGGUCAGUAAGGGAUUCACCAGUAUGCCCGCCCGAACCACUGCAACUACCACUGGUGUGAAAACUCGCAGUACAACAAAGAGGCUGACGACACGAACAACAACUUCUACACAAGAUCAUGUAAGUUAACCCUAUAAACCCUAAGAUCAAAAUUUGAAUUCUCAUUUGUUGCCCCUAUUCAUUUCCUACAGAAGUAAUGGGGAGAAGUUGAUAAAAUAUCAAGCAAAUUCAUCUUGUUUGAUCAUGUCCGUAAUUCUCAUGACCACUCUGUUUUACAAAGCAUUGAUAUUACAAGGAGAAAUUUAAUGCUGAUCACUCUUUGGGCUUAAAGGGUUAAUAGGGAUCAUAUCUUAUUAUAUGGCUACAAUAGCACACGCGCUCUGAUUGGCUGUUUUCUUGUAAAGACCGAGCAUUACUAACCACGUGUAUCCACAACUCGAUAUUCGUACGCAAAGCAUGAACCAAUUCUUAAAUAUUUAAUAAGUGAAAAACUAGUCUGACGUGUUACCUGUAUUUCCCAUGAACUGAAAAAAUUGUAAAUCUGCGUAUUUUCUUAUCUACAGAAAGAAAACCCGAUGUCAUCUCGCUCACCCCCACGGGUGAAAUUUGCCCCUCCGGAAAUGCCCCUGUCUCCUCGCAAGACAAACAGAAUCAGUGCAAAUGCUCCCCAGGGUCCCAGAUCAAAGAUACCUAAACCCGGAAGUAGCCAAGUACCACGUCCAAGCAAGACAAGGACAACUGGUGAGUAUUCCUUAUAAAGCUCCCAAGGAAAGGAAGGGGGGGGUGUUUUUUCACGGUAGAGACGGGGGGGCUUAUUUGAAGGGGGGGACUUAUUUAAUUUAGCAAAGAUGAUAGUAUUAGUUGUCCAUAAAGAACUAAAAAACAAAGUGGAAAAACUCAAGGACAAAAAGUCGGAGGUCAUGCAGCCGAGGAUCAGAAACAAAUCCGAGCUUUCAGUUGGUGAAUAAACCAUCCCGGAUCAGUUCACGCGAAGUUUUACAACCAUGAUUGAUUAAUACAGUCCAACAUUUAUAAGUGAAGAGUGAUAAGGGGGAGGAGGGGGGCUUUAAAGAGAGGGGGGUCAUAUUAACUUUCUCUCUCUGAAGAGGGGAAAGGGGGUAAUAGAGGAUUCACGGUACAUGGCCAGCAAGCUAUUGGAGCAAAAGAAAACGUUUACAUAAGAAAAGAUGAUUUGUUUGGGACACUAAUAUGGCCUCAAGUUCAUUGUUUUGGAACAACAAUAUGGCCGCCAUGAUGUCAUGUGAAAACGCACAAUAGUUUAUAAGAAAGUUUGGGGGCAAAAUGCAUCAGCUUUUUUGUUAUCUUCAUUCAUGUUAUCGUUAUCACUAUGUGUCUCCAAAUCAUCAUCGUCCUUUCCUCCACUAGUGUUUUUUACCAACAUCAUAAUCGUCAUAAUAUUUUAAAGUUCAUUUUUUUCAUUAUAAUCAUAAUCAUUUUUCUCGUCGUCAUUAUCAAUAUCGUCGUAAUGUUCAACAACAUCAUCAUCUUCAUCAUCAAUUCUGGCUUCGUUGCCGGCUCCAAGAAAUGAGAACAAAGCAAUCGUCACAGGCAAGAAGCCAAGUUCUUGUCUGCUGAUCUUUAUUUACCUUGAACUGAAUCAAAACAUUAGCGUUGACUGUUGCAUUUGCUCUCGAACCGACAGAACUGGAAACGGUAAGGACUGCAUACAUUCUGGCUUUGUCGCACCGAAAAAUAGAUUUGUAAUCGAUGAUUUUGUUUUCCAUUUCAGCUUCGGCAAGACCCAGAGCCAGAGUUUUACCAGGGGAAGAGGCUAAAAAACCAACAACAAAUCAGCAAGAAUGUAAAAUGCAAUAAAGAGAGAAAGAAGAAUGGCGUAAACAUGUCAAAGUUACUUCGUUGGUGGUAAAUGAUUGCAUCCAGUUGGUACUGAAUUUGUAGUUUGGGAGGAUUUUAUCUAAACGGCAAGCAGGACAUUUUCUGUAAUAUGCUUCGACCUUUGUUGUACCCUACCAGUUAAAUUUACCGUUGGAACAUUGUUAUUAUUUUUUUUUGGAUUCUGAAUGCGAAUUUUCAAAACGGUCAGUCAAGUGGUUAGUAGAUGGCUGUUCGUUUGCUUUUGUAAAUAUUUUUCUUCCUUGUUGUUGUUGAAAAGCUGAACCUUGUUCAAUUUUUAAGUUUACACGCGCCCUCUCAUACAUAGCCUCUGGGUUACUAGUAACGUAAAAGUUAUGUCCGUGUGGUCCUAAAAAUUACGCGACAGUGGAAAUCCACCCUUACCUUGGGUGCUAGAGACUUUCAUGCGUACAGUACCUCAAAAGGAAUGUGGGCUCAAGAAAAAAACAGAGCGUGCGCGAGGGAGACUCGCUCUCCCAUCGCGCGCGCCCCACUUUUUAUUGAGCACAUAAUAUUUCUUUCGAGCGCCUGCUACGCAGGCUAUUCAUGCGCGGUUUCCGGUUUCGGUCAAGUCUUUACCGUGACCUACGCAGAAAGCCUCUUGACCAGAGCGAAAUUGCUUUAAUAGCGCCAAACUAAUUUCGAGUAUGGUUAGAUCGGUUUAGUCCGGCGGCCAAACCGAAACAUCCCGCCAUUCGCGAAUAAAAAACCCCUGGUACCCAGGGUAUUGUGGUAUCAGUGAAAGUUCUGUUUUUACGAGGAGUAUAAAAUGGUUGUACAUGUUGUAUCUAUAGG